AUGUCCCUUCCCAACUUUCCCUCAUCGCCCCACCGACCUCCUGCCGAGUCAUCGCCAGUGCUCAUUGAUUUGCCAUCCGCAGGAGCUGGCAACCACCUGCCAAUAUGGCUGCUCGCCUUGUGCGGUGCUUUCACAGCGGUCGCUACGGGCUUCUCAGUAAUGUCGAUUGUGCUUCAGCUCAAGAAUUACCGCAAGCCUGCACUGCAACGGGCAGUCGCAUUCGUAAUCUACACCUUUCUUCAGCUUCUAAUCACAUACCUGGGCGGCGAACGUUCGUUGCUCAUCACCCUCCAUGGCCGACCACCCAUACCGCACCCCUUUCCAGUUGGCCUCUUCCUGAAGCCUAUGGAUGUCAGUGAUCCUUGGGUCUUGUUGAACCUCAAGAGAGGAGUACUUCAGUAUGUACAAGUGAAGCCCCUUCUGGUUGUCGUGACGGUCAUCUCCAAAGCCACUGGGACCUAUCAGGAAGGAAAGUUCUCUGCCGCCUCCGGUUACACGUAUGUGAGUGUGGUGUACAAUAUCAGUAUCUGCCUCAGUCUCUACUGCCUGGCCAUGUUUUGGGUCGCUGUCAACAAAGACUUGAAGCCUUUCAGGCCUGUCCCCAAGUUUCUGUGUGUUAAGGGGAUUCUCUUCUUCUCGUUCUGGCAGGGCAUCGGUAUCUCCUUACUUGUGGCCAUGCACGCAAUCAAGAGCGUCGGUCCUUAUACUGACGCGGAACACAUGUCACUUGCCCUGGUCGACUCUUUGAUCUGCUUUGAGAUGCCCAUAUUCGCCAUCGCACAUCAAUAUGCCUUCCAAGCGAGCGACUAUAUCGACAAUAGCCUCAUCCAUGCCGCACGUCUCCCUGUACUUUACGCUUUCCGUGACGCUUUCGGCUUCAAAGACGUUUGGCAAGACACGAAAGACACCUUCAAAGGCAGAGGCGUCUCUUACCAAGCAUAUGAACCUGCCGAAGGCGGGCUGCAUUACGGGCUCGGAAGACAGAGAAGGAUUAGAGCGGGGCUGCGAUAUUCGAAAGGAGGCAAGGCAAAGUACUGGAUGCCCACGCCAGAGAGCGAGGCGAGGUCGAAGAGUGUGAUCCGACCUUUCACGUCCCUCAAGCGUCGGGUGGACGAGACGCUCGCGCAAAGGGAAGGCUACGCUCCGCUUCUCCCACAGCAAGCCAACCAAGUCGUCCAUGACGAUCCUUAUGCGCCCAGUCACGGUUGGACUGGCGGACUUUUCUCCUCGUCCGAUUCUGAAGAUUCUGAUGCGCCCAGUCUGGACUUUCAUUCGGCGGAGGAAGAGGAAGAUGGGUUGUACGAGAGGGCGAGGAGGAUUGGGUAUGCUGGAUUCCCGAAUGUAGAUGUUAGUAGAGAAGAAGCUACCAGACGAAGGAGGGAAGAAGAAGAGGAGAUCCUUGCGGGAAGGAGGAUUAGAGGGGAGAGGGAAGCUUUCAGAAGAACUAGGACAGAAUCCGGAACGAAAUCUGGGAAGGGCAAAGGGAAAGAAAGAGUAUACGGUGCUUGGGCUGAUCGAGAUCCCAUGGAGCGUGUCGGUUCUGCCUCAUCAAAUCGUUCUCAAUCAUCACACUUGAAACCCAAACCACUCCCGACCAAAAGGUCCAAAUCUCCGCUACCGUCUCCCCUUUCUCCAUCUUCGCCAUUUUCCAUAGGCGAAGACGAAGACGACAAUGGCGACGAAGAAGGUAGUCAGGGUGAUGUGGACGAACCUGCCAAGCGUCCCGGGAAGAAGGGAAAGAAGGUGCUUCCUCCCGACGCUGUUGACCUGGUGAAAGACGACCAUGAGGCUGUGGAGGCUGCUCGAGAGCGCGAGAGACGACGAGGAGAGCCCCAGACAAAGGCACCAAAACAUGUGUACAGAAGGACAAUCGGCGAGGCGGAUGAUGAGAAAGGUCGGGUAGAAGAGGUGCAGAGGGUGUAUGCACAUGCGCCCGGGGAGCAUGGGGCAGAUCCGGAACCCGAGGAGGUGGUGGAUGAAGUGGAGACAAGCGUCAUUGUUGAUCCUCCAAAGCACACAAUGACUCUGGAUAGUAUAGAUGAUGACAACCCUUGGGCGUGA